AUGUCAUCGUUUGUUCCUGUUGGAGUUAGCUUUCCUCGCCUGUUUACCAGACAAGUCCUCGAACUCUGGGAUUACCAGUUUAAUGCCGUGGAGCAGAGGUAUGAGAGAGUUUGUUUCCGGGUGCUCCACAUGUUUGAGCCAGAUGAGAAUCCGCAGGGCAGUUUACUUGGUGAAGAGUUUUUUCCUCCCAGACCAGUGCUUGUCCAGGAUCUGCCACCUUCAGAGCAGGAGAGAUUGGGGCCUUCUCCCACCAGUGUGCCUCCUCCGAGACCACCGCCACCCAAUUUUGGAGCCGUUGCACCCAGGACCCCAGUUCCAGCUAUUCCUGUGUGCGGACCAGCCAUCAUGCAAGUUCCACAAGUUGCAGCUAUUCCUGUUAGCGGACCAGCCAGCCCGGAUCCUGUUAGCGGACCAGCCAGCCCGGAUCCUGUGGAACCAUACUCACCUACGGAUACCCCUACUAAGAGGUAUACCCCCUCACCACCGCUAUAUUCUCCUGACCGGUUACGCUGCGACCAGUCCUACUAUGUGGCCAGGCAGGACCACCAGUUUAGACUGCCUGAGUGUCCAGUUCCUCGGACCUCGCCGGUGCCAUUUUCAGCGACCAAUCCGCCUCUCCAGCCCGCUCCGGAGCCCCGCCGCGGUCGAGUCAUUACCACUAGGAGAAGAGCGCCAUCUCCACCCAGAGCGAUUGGUCGAGGAAGAGGAGGACCCUAUCCUGUAGGGCGAGGGAGAUCGGGAGUCCAUAUCCCGUCCACAAUUCCAUCUGAGAGGUCCGCUUUUCUCCGGCCAUUCCAGCGGGCUAGGAAUUUAUUCGCCGACUUCAUUCCUAAUAUCGACAGUCCGCCCUCUCCUCCUCCCAUGGUACGGACAUUUCCCGGACCCCCUGGUGUCACCCAGUCGCUGCCUCCGCCUCCCAGGACCCCCUCACCGCCUCUUCCGGAUCUUCCAGCAUCGAGGGAACCAUCGCCAGACAUCAUGCUGGAACUCUACGAGCACACCCGUCACCCCGUAGAUCCAAGAACUCAUUUGACCAUUUUACCCAGUUGGAGCAAGAAAGCGAUGAAAGAAGAGAUGGGAGAGUGCGUCAUCUGCUACGGGGAUGAUCGCCAUUUGCAGGUGCAGUGCCAGAACUGCAGAACCAUGAAGGUUUGCUGCACCUGCGUGGUUGGUGUAUACCAAAGCAUCAACUCCUGCCCUGUAUGCAGAUUCCGGGGAGAAUUUUAG